AUGGUAGAACACGUUCCACCGGAGUCGGUUUAUAGACAACCGAACGUGGCCGAACUACUGGCAAGUCUCACUGAACAGCAGACGCAUCUGAUGGAAACGUACAAAGGAUUCCUGGAUUCCAUGCGUCUAGAAACAAAUCUACAAGAAGCCGAAGGCAAACUCAGUGGACUUAAAAAAGCUGGUGCGGAACUUAUAGAGCUUCAGAAGGAACAUAUAACGAAGCUUUUGAUCAUGUUAUACCCUAUAUUCAGAGUUGUAAUGCCUCCAUCGCAAUUUGAGCAAGAUGCGUGUAUUCAGAUGUUAGGUAAUAGGACGCAGCUCGAAGCUUAUGAUUUAGUGGAGUUGUCAUGUGUCCUACGGUGUUACUUUGCCAAGCUUGCAAUAUAUGUUUAUCACAUGGCAACUUUUGUCAAGGACUGGGUCGCAUACGAGCAUGCCGUAUCGACAGAUCCUAACUUGCACAACCAUGGUGUUGAUCUAAGACCUGCAGAUAGCCCUGAAUCCACUGAAGCUUUUAGAACAUCAUUUAAUGCAAAUCAAGCGUAUUCAGGCAAAAUCUACAACGCGGAAGAAACAAGGGCUAAUACGUAUGGCAUGGCAGCUGCUGAUGCAGGGGCAACCUCAUCGCAAUGUCCUUCAAACUUGUCAAUUGUAACUAAUGUCAAGCGGGACGAAACAAUAAGCGCUAGAGAAACCUCAGAAAUCUCAGGCGAUAAACUUAUAUCUGAUGUGCAGUAUUGUGGUGGGAUUGUCCAUCAAAACCUUCCUUUCGAAUACCCAGAGGCCCAAAACCACGAUCCUUUGUAUGUCAGCGAUUCAAGUGAAUAUUACAAUUCCCAAACUUAUGAUCUGUUGGCUCUUCACUCCGACGGUGAUCUGGACUGCGUAGAGGAUAAUUUGCACCAUAUUAAUCAUGCGGAUGCUGCGCUCUUCGCUGACUCUGAUCGUCUUGAAGAUUACGUACAGAAGCGUCUCGACCACGAAGUCGGCUUACCUGAUAUUACGGGCGAAUAUUUGUAUUCUCGACGUGAAUCUUCGGGUACAGAAACCGGAACUUUUCUUGAUGUUACUACCCGGAAGCUACCUUUGGGCGUAUCGUAUCGUGGUUAUGAUGGCUUGACAAGGGGUGAAGCAUAUAUAGGAGCUUCUCGUUUGUCUCUAGAUGUGAAUGAGCAGGAAAGCAAAGCCGUUCAGCCUGCAACAAUGCGUCCUGCUUUUGGUCCUCCGGAUCAGCUAUCGCAACAUGGUGAAUCGGAAUGGAAUCAACACGCGCCAAUUAAUGCAAUGAAUAGUCGUGAACCGAGAUUUGGUCACGACGACUCUCACAGCCCUAGGUUACCGUAUCCAAAACCUCUUCUAAUAUCGCAACGCAGCAAAUCGCUGUUGCAGCCAUCCGGCGAUGUGUAUGAAGGUACCCCAUUGAACAAGGGGCAAGAGGGCUCUAACUUGCGUGAGAUUCAUAGGGUUACAUCCUCUGGCAGUGAUGUUUCCAGAAGUUGUGACGUACUCUGUUGUGGUGUCGGGUGUCAAGGCAAAGGGCCGAAACAUGUGCAAACUGAGAUGCCGAUUUUGGCAUCAGAAACAUAUCACCCGAGUUUCUAUGUUCAGCGAUCCCAAGUUGGUCAACAGCUGCACGUCAAAGGUGGCGGUUGGAACAAUAAAGAUGUAACGUACCUGUUCUACCAGACUCCCGUGCCUAUGUUUGACCUUGAAACUAUGAGAGAAGCCGACGGCUCAUAUCGACCGGCUUCCACGAAUAGUUCAUUGUGUUCCAUGGAUGAUAAAACUCAACAAGGGGGCAUCAACAGCACUGUUGCCGAUCAUACACAAGGUAACAAUGGUGCCCAUUCGACUUCGGACGUCUUUGGUGAAUUGCGUUACGGAGUAAACGGACAAUGCGUCAAUAAGUCAGUUUUCACCUCAGCUCAAGGCACGAAUUUCGAUGAUGUACCUAACCAUUCUGACAACAUCAAGAACAAUAAUACGGAGCAGCGUUCGGGGUGUGUUGUGCCUGGUUAUCUUCCCUUUUCACGGAGUAAAGAAAAAGUUAGCUACGUUACUCGAUUUGGUGCAUUUGAUCAUGAAUUGGGUAUUGUUAGCUAUGAUUCAAAUUAUCGCAUUCGAAGGGUUCACGCACCCUUGAAUGACGUGUUUAUGGAUGGAGUAGAACAUUCUCACAGGUCCUAUAGCGAAGACAGAGAUGUAAAAGGAUCUUUGGCAUCAAAUUUUUGUCGCAUCACCCAAGGCGCGAAACAAUUGGGAUUACGCCAUUUACAAUUGGAUGUUCGUCUUAGUCAACAAGAUAAAUUGGCUAGUGAAACAUUUGAAACGAGUGAUCUGGAGGGUAGCAGUUGUAUGGAUUCGCUUGACAUUUUACGGCAUCAGCUCGAGUCUAUACCAUCCCCUGAACAAGAUGGUGGUGCCACGUCACAUGAUAUUGAAGAGAAAAAAGAAAGACGGAACUUUAGAGAGGAUAGGCAAGAAGCGUGCGGUAGAUCUGCUGUCAAACUACGAGAAAUUCAGUGUGUUGCGAUUCCAUUGCCAAAGCAGUCAGAGCGCAACGAGGACCACGAAGCGCUUAUCAGUGCUAUAGAGAAUCCGGAAUGUGAUUAUAAAGCUGAGACAGCCAAUCAACCGGUGCAUGCACUGAAAAGGAUUGAGCACUCGGUGCAACCUCUACAUUCGCCUCCGCGUGAUGCACAGGAAGAUAACCUAUCUAGCAGCCGUAUACAUAUCCCACCGUUGGAUAUGAGCAAGCUACGAGCUAGAGUUGGCUACUGA